CAAUUAACUGGUUGAGGGGAUAUGUACUAUGUGUCAGAUUUCAAAAAAAUUGUAACACGCGUCACCAACAACUUGUGACACCACUUGACUCCAUACAAGGCGCAUAGGAAACCUGAAUCAGCGAGGUCCAGGCUAAAACUCACCCAUGUUUUACUAGUAUUUUUGUUUUGACCAUUGGAAUUAUUGAUAUUAGAAGGUUGCCCCAAAUUUAAAGACAAUUUCUUAAACAUAACCACAAAGCCAAUAUGGGCCUGAAAUCACUUAAUGGGUGGAAUGUUAGGUAAAAAAAAGUGAUGAAAUGUGAUAGGUAAGAUUAAAAAAAAAGAAGGCAGGGCCAAAGAAAAAAUAAAGAAAGAAAAGAAGUAAAGGCCACUGUCGAGGCUAAUUCAUGGUCUCCUCUUGAUUCGGCACUGCGAGUUUGAAUGUCGGGUCAGGUUUGGGAAUGGGCUAGUGAUCCCCUGAAUUUCCUCAUCGAAACCCUAGAAUGGCUUCUUAGUCGGAGUGCAAUGUUAAUUACGGUAGCAAUGCUCUAUUUUUGUUGUGGAGUGUAGCCCCCUUGUGAUUGCAUUGUCGUGUCCUAUCGGUUUUCAUGUUAGGGUUAGAAGAUUUUUGUGCAGAGCAAGAAGCACCGCUGGACAGUGAAAGAAUGAAUGUGUUGCAUGAUUUAGAUCCCCAGGAAAGGACAUUCGAAGAUGUGCCUGAUUGUGUUUCCGAUUCCGAUGAAUAUUGUGGGGAUAAUUUCUAUGAUAACUGAGAGAACAGAUUAAUUGACGGGAUUGCGGACCUUCGGACCAUGAAGUUUAAAGAGCUAACUGCAUAUCAGAUUCGAAGGCUUCAUUUUCCAGAUCGAUCGGUUGCCUUUUCCUUCUACAACUUGUAUGUCAAAAUGAAUGGUUUUUCUGCACGGAAGAGUCGGAUACGACGUAAUGUGAACAAUGACGUGACACAACAAGCAUUUGUGUGCUUUAGACAGGGUUUUAGAGACUCGUGCUCUGGUAAUGACGCUGCUCGACGCAAACAGGAACCAAAGCCUACAACUAGAUGUGGAUGUGGGGCAGAGAUGCGUGUGCAUAUACAUGAGGAGACGGGCAGAUGGAUUGUAACCUACUUUCAAGAGGAACACAACCAUGAGAUGCUUGAUGAUAUGUUAACUUUUAUGCUUCUUGGGCAUAGGAAAAUGAAUUCUGCUGCAAUUGAUCAGAUGAACAUGAUGCUGAAAGUUGGUAUUAAAACUCCUCAGAUUUAUUCAUCAUUUGUACACACUGCAGGCGGAUUUCAUAAUGUGCCCUUUUUGAAAAGAGAUAUGUAUAAUCAGAUAGACAAGCAACGGAGGCUCAUAGGCGGUGAUACCAUGGCUUGCCUUAAGUAUUUGGAAUCAACGGCAGCAGAGAGCCCAGGAAUAUUCGUGCGAUACCUGGCAGAUGAUGAGGGUCGAUUGGUCCACCUUUUCUGGUCAGACAAUUGUAGCCAAUUGGACUACCAUUUGUUUGGGGAUGUGGUUGCAUUUGAUGCGACUUAUCGAAAGAAUAAGUAUAUGUGCCCUUUAGUUGUGUUUUCCGGUGUCAAUCAUCAUAACCAAACCAUUGUGUUUGCAUCUGCACUUGUUGCAAGUGAGAACGAGGCAACCUAUACGUGGUUACUUGAACAGUUUCUAGAUGCCAUGAAGGGAAAGAAGCCUGGGUGUGUGAUUACCAAUGGGCAUGGAGCAAUGAAAAAGGCCAUUGAGACUGUGUUUGCCAGUGCUUAUCACCACCUAUGUGCUUGGUACCUGAUAAGGAAUGCAACAUCAAACCUCAGCAACCCAACAUUUACGUCCGAGUUUAAGAAAUGUAUGCUUUUUGAUUAUGAGCUGUCAGAGUUUGAAGAGAAAUGGGAGAAGUUGGUGUCUAGCUUGGGUCUUCAUGACAAUGAAUGGGUUUGUGACCUUUAUGCCAGGCGCAAGAUGUGGGCAACCGCUCACAUUAGAGGACGUUUUUUUGGAGGCUUUCGCACAACCUCUAGAUGCGAGGGAUUGCAUUCUAUGCUUGGAAAAUUUGUUCAUUCUAGGCAUAACCUGAGAGAUUUUGUUGAAUAGUUCUUUCGGUGUAUUUUCCAAAUGAGAUCUAGAGAAGCACAGUUUGAUUUACAGUCAAUUGUUGGGGACGUAGUACUACAAAGCCCGUUGCAUGAUUUGGAGAGGUCGGUAGCAAACAUGCUCACCAGAGAGAUAUUCUUACUAUUUCGUCCAAUGCUUUUGCGAGCUUGCACUUUGAAGAUUCGUUCGUGCACGUACACACCAAUUUUUGAGAUUUACACGCUUUCACAUUCUGGAAGCUUGCAUAAAGAGUGGCGCGUAUCUCACUAUCCGAAUGAAGAAAUAUACAAGUGUAGUUGCAUGAGGAUGGAAUCGCUUGGCAUACCAUGCGAUCAUGUUGUUGCCGUCCUUGUUCAUCUUGAUGCUACUGAGUUACCCAAGAGUCUCAUUCUUGAUAGGUGGUCCAAAAAUGCACGUUCAAGGGUUCGUGCAUUCAUGGAUAAUGGCCCCUUUUGCUGGGAUUCAAUGGUCACUUGCCGUAACUGGAUGCUAAGCAAUCUUUGCAGGGAGUUAUGCCUUCUUGGUUCUGCUGGCGAUGCUGAAUUCUACGAACUGACGGAUAAAUUUUGGAAUGAGAUAGUACUUCUUAAAGAACGAAAAAAAGGUAUGCAAGCUGACAGGGAAAGGACCGAGCCACAUGCAGAGUCAACCACCCUUGAGGGCUGCAUUAGGAACCCCCUGAUGGUGCGUCACAAUAAGCCCCAAAGAAGGGGUUCGAUGAAUCACCUCGUCGGUGCAAGGUGUUAAGCGGUGUGGUGUUUGACGCCGCGUCGGGCAUAACCGGGUGUCAUGUGCUUUAAACAGCCAGAGACGCAGACAUGGGCAUCGUCGUUAUAGUAAUGCGUUG